AUGGGUUGUAAUAACAGUAUACCGGCAAAGAACAGUGUUGCACCUAUUCCACAGCCAAGUGAGAAGGUAGAUUUAAAAGCUGACACAACAAGUGAGAUGGCACCGAAAGAUGAGAUUAGCUACGAUGAUCAUCUAGUACAUCAUGCCAAAGAUAUUCCACUGCCAAGUGAGAAGGUGGAUCUAAAAGCUAACACAACAAAUGAGAUGGCACCCAAAGGUGAGAUUAGCUACGAUGAUGAUCUAGUACAUCGUGCCAAAACUGCCACAUAUCGACGUGAGUAUGAUUCAGCGUUAAUGUACUACGAGAAAUUGCUCUGUCUUCGUCAGCAAGAAUUAUCGGAAGGCAACGUUCUGGUUGGCGAUAGUUUGUGUGGUGUCGGCAUGUUAAAGAGACUCCUGGGCAAUGCGAUUGAGGCUCAAACACAUUUGGAAAAAGCACUCACAAUCUACCGAAAUCAAGCAACUGUUGAUGACAUGCGAGUCGCAGCUGCUCUCCGUGAAUUGGCACUAGUUUUUACAGACAAAAAAGAGUUUGCCAUUGCAUUAUCAACAAAUCGUCAAGUUCUAGACAUUUAUGACAGAAUAUUGCCGAAAGGUCAUCCGUCUGUGGGAAAAGUGCAUAAUAAUAUCGCGUCGGUGCACGAAGCUCUUGGGGAGUGGGGAUUUGCGAUGAUUCAUUAUCAAAAGUUUGUCGACAUAUCAGAGGAAUCAAACGCCAGUGGUAAUCAUCCACAUGUCGGAAUUGGGUAUCAUAAUCUUGGGCGGAUGUAUGAAAUGAAUGGGAAUUACAAAACAGCUCUUGUCCAUUACAAAAAAGCUGAAGCAAUUUUACUCAAGACAUUGCAACCAUCUCACCCAAAGACGUUAGCAGUUGAUGAAAGUAUCCGAAAUCUUGUAACUAAAAUGAGUAACGCUUAA